AUGCGUCGAGGAAUCAUCUCCAAGGGGUUCACCAAGCCGGUCAAUCUUUCGUUGUACGAGAACCAGCUGAGGGGUCAUCUGCCGGAGAAACUGGGCUCUAUUUUCGGAUUUGAUUUCAUCGACGUGUCCGAGAAUUACUUGACGGGUCCGAUUCCGUCCAAUAUGUGCAAGAAAGGGGUGACGAGAGGACUUCUGAUGCUCCAGAACAACUUCACCGGCGGAAUCCCAGUGAGUAAAUUACGCCAGUUGCACGACUCUGCUGAGAUUCAGGGUGAGCAAGAACUUGCUCUUCGGCGAGAUUUACACCAGGAUUUAGAGAUUGCCCAGCCUGAACAUUAUAGACAUCAAGGACAUUCAGUUCAGUUACAAGAUAGAAGCUAUAUAAACAUCGCCAGCAAUUCCCUCUCCGUCGAGAUUCCGUCCUCGUUGGGAUCUCUACCAUCUCUCAACGCUCUAAACAUCUCAGAUAACCAACUCUCCGGCAGAAUUCAAGGUACCAUGUCUUCGCUGAAACGCAACCUCCUCGAUCUUUCCAAUAACAAAUUAACCGGCGGCAUCCCUCUGUCCCUGUCGGUCGACGCUUACAACGGCAGCUUCGAUGGAAACCCAGAACUCUGCAGCGAAACGGUCUACGGGUUCAAACGUUGCCGUCGUGAAUCGGGAAUGAGUAAAGUGUCAGAACUCUGCUAA